CCGGUUUGACUCUAAGAGUGCAGCCCAGGUGGAUGGAAAGGAAUUUUGCCGGAAGUCAGAAAUGACCUGAAGUCGCACAACAUCAAACCACAACGAAGUUAUACGUUGCAGCUCACAUCCGUUCCUAAGGUGGAAAUGUCGAAAAUGGAACCGCUCCUCCAGGCCUUGAAACGCGGCGCUGGGAAAGCGGUGAGGUUGUCGUUCCUUGUGGAUUGCGACAACGCUUUCAAGACGGCCAGGUGUUUUGCGACGCUGGGGAAGUCCCUGUCGACGAAGAAUGCGGAGACGGUGAGAAGAACAAGGCGAUCGCGGGCUGACAGUCGCGUAAAGGCAAUGGUUGAUGAAGAAGGGGACCCUUUAAAGUCAUUCCAUAAAUGCCCAGAAGAGGAGACCCUUCCCAGUAAAUUCUGGCGCAAAUUCCGCGCCCAAACCGCGCCGCCCAAUCUGGAGGAAUUCCGGCGUUUGCGAGACGACGAUUUCCCCCGAAAGAAGAGAAGCGUCCCUAAAACUUAUUUUCCCAUCCAAAGGACUGAAGGGUCGGAGAUCUUGUUUGGGAUCGCGCCAUGUUCCUUAGCCCUGGUGCGGUCCAAGAGGACCUUUUUCCAGCUCUUCCUCAAGUCCGCCCCGAGCGGCGCGUUGUCAGCGUCCGACACGUUCUAUCGGCAAGCCGAGGAACGUGGGAUCCCUAUGAAAGUGGUCCAGAGGAAGGUGCUGGACUACCUUUGCCACGGCGGGGUCCAUCAAGGGGUUUGUUUGGAAGUGACGCGCCUUCGCCCCGUGGGCUGGCAAGAAGGGAUGUCUCAGGAAGGCGAGAGAGUCCCCACCGAGGAGACCGCGCAGGUCCUUUGGCUCGCGUUGGAGGGGAUCCAAGACCCCAUGAAUCUGGGGGCGGUCCUGCGCUCCGCUCACUUCCUGGGCGUCGAUGGCGUUGUCAUGAGUCGAAAGAACAGCUGCCCCUUGACUCCCGUGGUCAGCAAAGCCAGCUCUGGAGCCAUGGAAGUCUUAGAUGUGUUCAGCACCGACGAUCUGCAAGGGUUUCUCAAGACAAAAUCUGAAGAAGGCUGGGAAGUGUUGGGCACAGUUGCCCAUGCCAAGGACCCAGAGGGCCCUGUUGUGAGCUGCUUAGAUUUCCGCUGGACGACGACCAUCUUGGUGUUGGGAAAUGAGGGCCAUGGGCUUUCUCCGGAAACAAGCAGCUUGUGUCAAAGGAUGCUAACUAUCUCUCCAGGGAGAUUGCUGGAACCUGGGAUCGAAUCCUUAAAUGUCUCGGUCGCAGCGGGGAUUCUUUUGCAUUCGAUAUGUGCCCAAAAAUUGAAAUCAUCAUGAAGCUCUCACAUUUUUGAAGGAUGCAGACGAAAUAUCUGUAUGAACUGAAGGCAGUUUUCCUGGACAUGAGAAAAAAUAUAUUGGGCAGAAUCCUCUUAUCACAGUAUACAUUACAUAACUUUACAUAUCCUUCUGUAAAUAUCAGAGGUAUCAAGAUACUCUGCUAGUGAACUGCAAAGACAUUCCCUCUGCAAGUUGCUCACUAGCCUCUUGUUAAUAUAGGCUGCGUCUGCACUGUAGAAAUAAUCCGGUUUGACACGACUUUCAUUGCCAUGGAUCCAUCCUGUGAAUUCCUGGGAUUUGUAGUUUGUUGUGGCACUGGGUGCUCUCCGGUCAAGAAGGCUAUAUGUCUCACAAACUACACAUUCGAGAACUCCUUUGCACUGAGCCACGGCAAGGAAAGCGGUGCCAAACCGGAUUAUUUCUGCAGUUUGGAUGCAGCUUUAUGAAUUAGGAAAGAAUAUUAAUACCUUGGUGUGAGAUUUAUCCCUGUUUUAUUUCUGGAAGGGAAAGAAGAAGCAUCGGACUCUAGAUGGCAGUGGCAAUCCAUGCUUUGGUUUUGCUCCGUUUGGGGAGGAAAAAGGCCAAAUAAAAUAGGUUAUCGCAAGACGUUAUAACAUCUCUCCUCGCCGGCACCAGGAGAUGAGAAUAAGACACAUUUCUAUAUCGUCGGCGUCUAGAUCUGGCUCUCGGUGUAUUCCCCUUGUGCCCCGUAACACGACAGCCCUAAAAAUGGAAUACCUUUCCGAAGGCGAAGGUUUCCAUCUUGUCCUGAUCACUCGCCGUGAUUGCUUUUCCAUUUUUAUGGGGUCCAGUUGUUCCCUCGACCGAAACGGAAAUAGCAAAGCAUGGGUCGAGAUGAUAUUCUCUUUCAUUCGGUUGAACGGAGGAAUGGGUUUUCCGGUGACCCCGGUGCCAUGGUCCCAUUUGGAGGACGGAAUGAUUUGAUUCCCAGACUGGCUUUUCUCCAGCCUGCAUAGCGAUGUUUCUGAAAUCCUAUUAGUCGUUUCCUUUUUGGCAAUCUUUGCAUAGAUUCAGAUUCAAGAGGCUUGUCAUACGGUACAAAACCCUGAAAGGGCUCUGGAAGCGCCAACCGGAUUAGGAUGUGUCUGCGGGGGGUUUAUGGCAAUCCUAAAGCGGACCUAUCACGGGGUUUUCUUGGCAACGUUUCUGCAGAGGAGGCUUGCCAUGGCCAUCCUCUGAGGCUGAGAGAGUGUGACUUGACGUCUUAACAAAGUAUAAGGUGUCCUUGGAAGCCACCUUGGCCUGAUGAAGAAACCAGUGGAGCUUCAAAAGCUUGCAUGGUGUAUUUUGUUCACUUUGGUUGAUCAGAUAAAGGUACAGUAGUUCCCUUGGUAUCUGCGUUGGUUUGGUUCCAGGACUCCGAAAUCUUCAGAUGUUCAAGUCCCAUUAAAUCCAAUGGGUAGUAAAACAGUGUCCUAUAUAUAAGAUGGCAAAAAAUCAAUG